GGCACUAACUACGAGUACCAUUUUUAAAAAAAAUUUUGUUUUGGAUAUUUUUUUUCGUGCGCGCGUCGCCGUCGCGCAAACCUUGAGCGUUUAGUAGUAAAGUGUUAGGCGAAACGUGAACUUAAACACCACGCCGUCACUCUAUCGGCGCCUAUCCGUCGCCUCACAUUUUGCCCUAGCACAGUACUUUUAUUGUAUUUAUUUUUCGGAUUGCAGAAUCCUUAAUCUUUUGAUUCUUUUCAAGCAUUUUAUAAUAAUAUUUAUUUUGCACUCAAUUUGCAGUUUUUGCAGUUCCAGCUUUCGGUGUUGCAUUAUUUCCCACUACUGUAGUAUAACGAUUUUUACUUGCGCAUUACCAGUUCAUGACUAGAAGUACUGUUUAGCCCUGCAGUCUUUGCACUAUCAUCCUGUUUCUGAUACCGCAUUGUUACAUUAUGCAGUAAUCUUUCUUCGCAAUACGUUCCCUUUGUGAUGACAUCGCCGUAUCGCUUUGGGUGAUCGUAACUCGGAAAAGUCUCCUUGUUUGUCGUGCUCCACUGUUCCUGAUCGAAAACUCAGGGACUAUGCUACAUAUCUCCUUCGCUCGUACGAAAUCUCGCCAGUUUUUGGAGAAAGCAGAAAAAGUGCUGACGAAAUUAAGGAUGUUCCACACCGAAAUUACGGCAAACGAGCCACGAAAUGAUGUAGGUUUCGGCCACUGCUGUUGUAACGGAAAUGCUGGAUAUUUCACCAACUGUGAAGAAAGUUGUUCUUCGGGUAGACGAACCUAAAUUCACCUUUAAAUCCGGACAAUGGGUGGACUUCACGAUUUCGGGAGUGGACAUUGUCGGAGGCUUCUCGAUUUGCUCUACCCCGAAACUCCUCCGUGAACAGCGAUUACUUGAGCUGGCCGUGAAAAAAUCAAAGCACCCUCCGGUGGCUUGGGUGCACGAUAAAUGUCGGGUCGGAUCGACGGUGCAGAUCCAAGCCGGCGGAGAAUUCUUUUACGAUCCGCGACCAUCCGAUCCGCCCAAGGAUCUCUUGCUGCUGGCCGGUGGAGUGGGAAUCAAUCCUGUCCGAUCGAUAAUACUUCACGAUAAAGAUUUAUAUGACGAUCAUUAUGCAAAAUCUUUUGGACAUUGUCCUGGGCAUGCAACGUUGUUGUAUUGCGCCAAAAGCCCGUCCGAGCUUUUGUUCAAGGAUGAUUUUAUGAGGAUUUCGGACGACAUCAAUUUCCAGUGUGUUUUAUUUGCCUCUCAGUUCAAGAACGUCAGUGAUGUCGGCUCGAAAUUUACAAUUCACCCUGGUCGAAUAACUGCGUUGGAUAUCUUAAGCACUGUCACAGCAAAGAAGGGCGGCAAAUCAUGGUUGGAUAUAAAACGCGUCAUGUGCUACAUUUGCGGGCCAAGGGAAAUGGUGACGAGUUUAGUUCCUGCUCUCAAGGAAUGCGGAAUUUCCGAUGAGCAAAUUGCCUAUGAGGCAUGGACUGUGACGCCACCACCGUCCCCCGCAUCCAUUAGUAAAAAUGCGGUGUAAGAAUUGGUGUACAGUAUUUUGCGGUGGCAGUGCUGGUAUUGUGAUUGAGUACCAUUGGGCCCGGCCGCCUGGGCCUUAUUAUUUAUUAAUAUGAUAUUGUCGGCAGAUUUUAACAAAAUGCUUCCCUUAGUCUGUUCACCUGAUAGUGGAUACUGAAACUUUUUUGUUAUCUUGGCAGUAGAGAGCGAAGAUGCUAGUCAUGACGUUGAUGCUGUGCUAUUCUGCAACUUGCCACUCUUUUCGGGAUCGUGAUCGAUAAAAUAAAAAUGGUUUUUCAAACUGCUGAAAACG